CAGCAGCAGCAGAGCAGAGCAGAGAAGGAAGGAGAUGAAAUGAACGGAGGAAGGGGCCUUCAAUUCUGAAGAGAGAUCCAAUUGAUGUCGGGUGGAGGUGCUGGCGGCGGCGGCGUUCCUCCCCAAACACUGGGCGGCCAUUCUCGGUGCGGGUGGGUUCUGGGCCCCUCCUUGGACAAGAUCAUCAAGAACGUUUCCUGGAGGAAGCACUCUCAGCUGGUCACCGCCUGCAAAUCCGCCCUCGACAAGCUCGAUUCUCUGGUCGACGACCCCCUCGAUCCCGCUUCCUGCUCCCCUCUCUACGGCAUCUCCUCCCCCGAUGAUGCUGAUUUCGUCCUGCACCCCAUCAUCCUCGCCCUCGACUCUGCCUCCCCUAAGGUUGUGGAGCCAGCUCUCGACUGCGCCUUCCGCUUGUUCUCUUUCGGCAUUAUCCGCUGCGAGAUCGAGGUUGGAACGCCGCCUCCCCUCAUCUUCCGCAUCAUCGAUUCCGUCUGCAAGUGCGGCGGCUCUCUCGAUGAGGAGGCCGUCGAGCUUGGCCUUCUUCGCGUCCUCCUCUCUGCUGUCCGAUCCCCCUACGUCAUUAUUAGGGGCGAUUGCCUUGUCCACAUUGUCAGGUCCUGUUAUAAUGUCUACCUGGGUGGCUUGAACGGCACCAAUCAGAUCUGCGCCAAGUCUGUCCUAGCUCAAAUGAUGGUCCUCGUUUUCACUAGGGUCGAGGAGGACUCCAUGGCCAUCCUCUCCAAGACUGUUUCUGUAGCUGAUCUCUUGGAGUUCACCGACAGAAAUUUGAACGAGGGCAGUUCUAUUCAGUUUGCUCAAGAUUUUAUCAACGAGAUCAUGGACACCAAAGCCAAGGAAGUACUUCCUGAUUCCAAGCUCUCCCUGUUAUUGGAGAAUGGUGACAUUAAAAAAAGCAAAGGUGAUAUGGUAGAUGAUGAGUCAAGGGAAGGGGCUGGUCUUGACCUCUACAGCAAGAUCCGCGAGGAUGGGUUCAUGCUUUUCAAGAAUUUAUGCAAAUUGUCCAUGAAAUUUUCGUCACCAGAGCACACUGACGAUCAGAUUCUGCUAAGAGGGAAAAUACUUUCAUUAGAGCUCCUCAAGGUUGUCAUGGAUAAUGCAGGCCCAAUUUGGCUCUCCGAUGAGAGGUUUUUAAAUGCUAUCAAGCAGUUUCUUUGCUUAUCGUUGUUGAAGAACAGUGCACUGUCUGUUAUGACUAUUUUUCAGCUCCUUUGUUCAAUAUUCGAGAAUCUAUUAUCAAAAUAUAGGCCCGGAUUAAAAUCUGAAAUUGGAAUCUUCUUUCCUAUGUUGAUCCUACGUGUGCUAGAGAAUGUGCUCCAGCCUAGUUUCCUCCAGAAGAUGACAGUUCUGAGCUUACUGGAUAAGAUUUCUCAAGAUCCUAAGAUUAUAGUUGACAUUUUUGUCAACUAUGAUUGUGAUGUGGAUGCUCCAAACAUAUUUGAAAGAACUGUCAAUGGCCUCCACAAAACGGCAUUGGGCCCACCUCCUGGCUCGGCUACCACUCUAUCUCCAGCCCAAGAUUUGACAUUUCGGCUUGAAUCAGUGAAGUGCUUAGUCAGAAUUAUAAACUCCAUGGGUACAUGGAUGGAUUCCCAACUAAAAUUAGGGGAAUCUAAUCCAGCGAAGUUCUCUGGUAAUGACAGCAUGAUUGAAAAUACUGCUGCACCCAAUGAAGAUGGUAACCUGCCCGAGUAUGAUCUACAUUUAGAGGAGAGUUCUGAAUUCUCUAAUGCUGUUACCUUGGAGCAAAGGCGUGCUUAUAAACUGGAAAUACAGAAAGGCGUAUCUCUGUUCAACAGAAAGCCUUCAAAAGGGAUUGAAUUCCUAAUGAAUACAAGAAAGAUUGGUAAUUCCCCUGAAGAAGUAGUUUCUUUCCUGAAGAACACUUCUGGACUAAAUGCCACCAUGAUUGGUGAUUAUUUGGGUGAGAGGGAUGAAUUUGCCUUGAAGGUUAUGCACGCAUAUGUUGAUUCAUUUAACUUUGAACAAAUGAACUUUGGAGAAGCAAUCAGAUAUUUCCUACGAGGUUUCAGAUUGCCUGGUGAAGCCCAGAAAAUAGACCGUAUAAUGGAAAAAUUUGCUGAGCGCUACUGUAAAUGCAAUCCAAAUUCUUUCACAAGCGCUGAAACUGCGUAUGUCCUUGCUUACUCAGUGAUAAUGCUUAACACUGAUGCACACAAUAGCAUGGUGAAGGAUAAGGUUAGGGCAUGCAAGGUGUUUGCUGCUGCUGCUGCUGAUGAAAGGAAGAACAUAGUGUUACUAGCUUUUGAAACCAUGGAAAAGAUUGUACGAGAAUAUUUUCCUUACAUAACUGAAACAGAAACUGUAACUUUCACUGAUUGUGUCAGAUGCCUUAUUGCAUUCACAAACAGUAGAUUUAAUAGCGAUGUUAGCCUCAACGCAAUUGCUUUUCUCCGUUUCUGCGCUGUCAAACUUGCAGAUGGAGGACUUGUUUGCAAUGAGAAAAGUGUAGAAAAUGAUAUGCCUAUUCAGGCAGCAAACAACAAUACUUCAGAUGUAAAAUGUUCCACAAAAGAAGAUGGCUACAUGUCGUUCUGGCAUCCUCUACUCACAGGAUUAUCUGGUCUGUCAUCAGACCCUCGGUUGGCCAUCAGGAAGAGUGCUCUUGAGGUUCUCUUUAAUAUUUUAAAAGACCAUGGCCAUCUCUUCUCUCACUUGUUUUGGGAUAGUGUUUUCAAUUCUGUCAUCUUCCCAAUAUUUAAUUCUGCUCGUGAUAAAACUGAAGCAGAAUUUAAGGAUUACCAAUCUUCCCCAAGAUCUGGAUCUUUGCAAAUGGAUAGACAGUUGUGGGACUCUGAAACUUCUGCAGUGGCGGCUCAAUGCCUGGCUGAUCUAUUCAUUAAUUUCUUUGAUGUGGGCAGGUCUCAGCUGCCUGGCGUAGUGUCAAUACUAGUGGGAUUUAUAAGAAGUCCUGGCCAAGGCCCUGCAAGUACUGGUGUAUCUUCACUAAUGCAUUUGGCUGGUGAGUUGAGAGGCAGGCUUUCAGAAGAGGAGUGGCAAGAGAUCUUUCUUGCUUUGCAAGAUGCUGCUGCUUCUAGUGUGCCCAAUUUCUUAAAGCUCUUGCAAACAAUGAGCAGCUUUGAUAUGUCUGAUAUUAGCGAGUCCAAUAAUGAUGUGGAAUCAUCAGAUGAAGUUGGGUCAUCUAAUGACUAUGAGGGUGACAAUCUGCAAAUGGUUGGGUAUGUUGUAUCAAGGAUGAAAGGUCAUAUAGGUACACAACUACUCAUUUUGCAGGUAGCUACUGAUCUCUGUAAGAUGCGCCGUCAGUCACUGAGUGCUGCCACUGUAACAAUCCUUCUUGGGAUUUAUUCAUCUAUCACCUCUCAUGCUCACCAGCUAAAGUCGGAUGGAAUCCUAGAAUUGAAGCUGCAGAGAGCGUGCUCAAUACUGGAGAUCCCAGAACCACCAUUAUUGCACUUUGAAAACGAGUCAUUUCAGAAUUACAUCAAUUUCCUGCACGAUUUGCUCGUUAAUUACCCAGCAUUGGGCAAGGAGAAAAAUAUAGAAGCAGAACUUGUGUUUGUAUGCGAGAGAGUCCUGCGGAUAUACUUGGAUUGUGCUGCUGGGGGGUUGCAGCAGCAGCAGCAACCAGGCAGCAACAAGCAGCAGCGGAAGCUUCACUGGAUUCUUCCCUUGGGCUCAGCCAAGAAGGAAGAAUUGGCGGCUAGGACUCCUUUAGUUCUUUCCGUAUUACAUGUAUUGAGUGCUUUGGAAGGUGAUACUUUCAAAAAGUACGCUUCGCAGCUGUUUCCAUUGUUGGUAGAUCUUGUCCGGAGUGAGCAUAGUUCUGGAGAAGUUCAGCAAGUUCUAAGUGGCGUGUUUCGUUUGUGCAUAGGCCCAUUAAUAAUAGUGAAAAUGUGAAAUUCCAUUUUGUAAAUUAGUACAUAUUUCUACUAGCCGGAGGACCAUAUUUAUAGACGGGCUGAAAUUUUGUCUAACAAAUGCCGAUGCCAUAAUCGUCCUGCUACACUGCUAUCCGAAAGAAAAUAACAAUCAGUCAACGAACAAAACGUACGUUGCCAGCACCACAUGUUUGUUUGUUUGUUUUUCUUUUUUACAUGGCAGCACAUAUUUGUAAGUGAAGAACUCCCUCAUUAAUAUUUGAGGAAGUGAAGAACUCCCUCAUUGGGCAAAACCUGCUGGACCAGACGCAGAAUGCUCUCCUCCAUAUGGUGCUGAAAAUCCUCAAAUAAAGUGGGUCAAAGGUGGUAUUGUUGUCCAUA